UAUCAUGUGAUUCGUGUCAUAUGAUCGUCGCUGUAUAAGUUCAUUAGCACGCGGCUGGACAACAGUUUCAGUGCCGCAGGUGCGCGGAAGGACGAGAGGGACACGCAUUUGUAUCCUUGCGUCUGGUCAGCAAUCACUCCCGUUAUAUAUCGCUGUCUGUCUGUUGUCGUAAGGAUGCGUGCGCUCGCCGUCAUUGUUUUGUUGGCGUUCAUCGGCGGGUCUGCGGCCGACACUCCGGCCAACUGCACCUAUGAGGACCUGCUGGGCACCUGGAUCUUCAGCGUGUAUAAUGUGGGUCACGAUCGAACCAUCAACUGCUCUAGCACAGGAAAGUCUGUGAAAACGGUGACCGUGGACCUGCAGAAACUGUCUGUAGCUGUGGAUGAUCUCGGUCACACUGGCUUCUUCACUCUCAUCUAUAACCAGGGCUUUGAAGUAGUGAUCAAUGACUACAAGUGGUUUGGGUUUUUCAAGUAUUCUCAGCAGGGUUCAGAGGUGACCAGUUACUGCGAUCAGACGCUGCCCGGUUGGGUUCAUGAUGUUUUGGGGAAUAACUGGGGCUGUUUCACUGGGAAGAAAGUGCAGCCCAUCCAACCCCGAAUCGACCACAAUCACAUUCUUGGAUUCCAACACAAACUGCUCAUGAAGCUGCCAUACACAAACGACAUGGGGUUUGUGGAUCAAAUAAACUCAGUUCAGAAGUCUUGGAAAGCGACAACAUACAGUCUCCAUGAGACCCUCACCAUACAGGAGAUGCUGAGAAGAUCAGGAGGACAUGCCUCUCGUAUACCACGACGUGUAAGGCCUGUGAUGGUUUCUGCAGACAGUAAGAUGGCAGCCGGUCUUCCAGAACACUGGGACUGGAGAGACGUGAACGGAGGCAAUUAUGUUAGCCCUGUCCGCAACCAAGCUCAAUGCGGCAGCUGUUACUCUUUCUCCACUAUGGGAAUGCUUGAAGCUCGAGUCCGAAUCCAGACGAACAACACGCAGCAGCCGGUGUUCAGUCCACAGCAAGUGGUGUCCUGCUCUCAGUAUUCUCAAGGUUGUGAUGGAGGUUUUCCAUACCUGAUUGGUAAAUACAUCCAGGACUUUGGCAUUGUGGAGGAGGAUUGUUUCCCAUACACCGGGAAAGAUUCUCCCUGCAAAGUACCUGAGAAAUGCACGAGGUACUACGCCUCUGAUUAUCACUACGUGGGUGGGUUUUACGGCGGCUGCAGCGAGGCGGCCAUGAUGCUGGAGCUGGUCAGGAACGGCCCCAUGGGUGUGGCCCUGGAGGUCUACCCAGAUUUCAUGAACUACAAGGAGGGCAUCUACCAUCACACCGGCCUCCGUGACUCCAUCAAUCCGUUUGAGCUGACGAAUCACGCCGUGCUGUUGGUGGGGUAUGGAAAGUGCCAUAAGACUGGCGAGAAGUACUGGAUCGUGAAGAACAGCUGGGGAACCGGGUGGGGCGAGAAUGGGUUUUUCAGGAUCCGUCGAGGAACAGAUGAAUGCGCCAUUGAGAGCAUUGCUGUAGCCGCUACACCAAUCGCCAAACUUUAGAGAGUGUAGACUAAUUGGUCAAUUGAAACGAGCACGGCCUGGAGAAGUAUUUUGAUAAUCACAAUUCUGAAAAAGGGAAACCGGUGUUGUAACUAAUUUGUUUUUGUGAAAUGACCUUUUCAGGUCCCUUUUAGUAGCAAACAGUUUGAACGUGAAAUUACAAGUCUCUUUAGAUUUGAUUCGCUCUCAUUUCCCAAUUCUUCUUACAUUAUGAAGCUUGAAACUAAGUUAAUUUUGGAUUCAAGGUUCUCCUCUUUGGUUGUCAUCUUGGUCUUGUUCCAUGUGAGUCGACAUCAUCUCUGUCUCCAUAGCUUUUGACUUUCUCUUGCUGACCUCUAGAGAAUUUAUUAAUCUUCUGUGCCUUUUACUGUUCUUUUUGGCAGCCCUUUAAGGAAUAAUGGUGAGGCCAUUUUAGUUUCUGCCUCUUCAAAUUCCCAGUUAUCAUCUUUCUCUGAGCCACCUGUCCACUUGAAAACUCCUGAUUCGGCCUGUCUUGGGUCACCUGUUCUUUCAGUUGUUGCUGUCACCCAAAACCAACCCUGUCUAGAGUGUAGUUAUGGUUUUAAAUUGAUCUAAAAAUCUUAAUUUUUGUAGGUCUUGUCUCUAGAUUUGCAGUGCCGUGUUUUGUUGCAACUGACCUGCUGCCUCCAUCUGUUCAUAAUCUUCUACUUCAACACACAAAGUUGUUCUGUCCUUUUUUUGCUCCGUUUAUGUGGAUUUCCACAAGGAUUGUGUGUAUGACCAAAAACAGCAUUUCAAAAAAAUAAUUCCCUCCUUGUUGGAUCUGUGCUAAUGAAAGUUGGGUGCCUUCAGGUGCUGCAAUGUGGCUCAACUGCUUAUAAUGUGUUUUUAAGAAAAGGGAUUUUAGAUUUUCAUUGAUCCAUGUGAGCUCUGAAGGUCACAUUUGCACUCUGCCUUGUCAGUUUUUACACCACUCUUUUAAUUGACAGUCAAUUUGUAUUUAGAGAAUAUCAAGUUGGCAAUUGCUCUCAGGAAAAUCAGUACUUGUGAUUUUAAUGAACAAUCACUUGAGUCCUUUGCCAACCGUUAAGCUGCUCGGGACUAUUUGAAUCCAAUCACAAUCUUAGAUUUUUGCCUUUUUUGCACCUGUAUGUGUGUCAUGAUUU